UGACUUCUCCAUUAUCUAUAUAAGUGCUUACAAGUCCCUUAGUGCCAAACCACAACAUGACAUUCUCAAAACAAGUUAGCAUCUUUAUGUUCCUCUUCUGCUUCCCUCUCCUAAACGCCUCAGAAGCAAAACGUUGCUACAGUUCCUCAUGUGGAAACGUCGACGUUCGUUUCCCUUUCUGGCUCUUCCCCAAGCAAUCUUCGACCCGUGGCCACACAGGACUCAACAUCCUAUGCACCGAUCGCCACAAUACAGCAUUAAAGCUUCCCGACACGGGACUAUUCCUCGUCCGAGAUAUCGACUAUGAAAAACAGCUUAUCCGCCUCAACGACCCUAACAACCGCAUUGCCAGACGACUCCUCAGCUUCGACGCUUCAGGAUCUCCUUUAUCUCCUCUCCACCUUCUCAACCAUGCCAUCUUUACCUGUCCUAACGAGGACAUCAAAUCCUUCUCCCCUUACACACCCAUCAUUUGCCUUGGUAAUUCAACGUCCUCCUUCUUCGCCACUCGUUUUGAUCUCGCGAGUUCGAUGCCGUCCUCUUGUCAAGUCUUCAAGACAUUACUCCUUCCUGUUUCUUCACUAGUCGCUGUUCACCUCAACGAUCAAGACCUCUGGCUGAAAUGGGACUCACCGAGUGGCAGAGAUUGUGAGGGUAGCAGCUCGUUACGUGGGUUCAAAAACAAUAUCACUCGAGAAAUCAAAUGGUUCAGUUCCUUCAAAUCUGGUUUGUUACCCAAUUUCUUCUCUCAUUCUUUUAACCUUCAUGACAUCCAAGGUGACGAAUUUCAAUCCAAUGGAUCAAAUAGUUGACUUAAUGGUUAUUAUCUACUCAUUAGAUAACAAAACAUAUCAAAUCUGAUACGGACAGAUCAUGUCAGUCUUUUGAUUAAAUCAAACACAUAUAUCAAAAUUCAAAUACUAGAACAUGCGGAAACGUCGGAACCGUAA